GCUAGCAAGCUACGGAGUUUGCCGCCAAUGUAUUUCUUGUAAAGUGUAUAAAAACGAAUAUGGAAGCUGGACAAAUUAGAUGCCAAAAACCAAACACUUUCAUGUGGUAUUAGACAGAAAGGAGGAACUUUUUUUCUCCUCCAUUUGAAAACGUGGCCGCUAUCAUCACUACUGUCUGAUUCCAAUCAAUGCAAGUCAUCAGAAUCAGUUUAGGGGAAGACGUGUGCUGCGUCGUGCGUCUUUCUGCGCCCCUCAAGCAACAGUACGCUCAGGAACACGGUCUAGACCUGGAUCAGCUGUUGGGUCCAGGUCUUUACAAGGAGCGCUAUCGGGCUGAUAUGAUUCGCUGGGGUGAAGCUCGAAGACAGCAAGAUCCGGGAUUCUUCUGUCGCCUAGCAACCAGAGGAACCAGGCAACCAGUUUGGGUGGUGAGUGAUGCGCGGCGGCUGUCGGACCUGCAGUGGUUCUGGACACACUUUCCUCAACAGACCCGGUGCGUCCGAGUCAAAAGUAGCGAGGAAACCAGGAAGCAGAGGGGGUGGAGCUUCACCUCAGGUGUGGACGAUGCAGAGUCUGAGUGCGGCCUGGACAGCGGGGUGCAUUUUGAUUGGACCGUCACUAAUGAGACCGACGCCCCCUCGUUAGACGAGCAGCUGUUGCCCAUCUUGGCACUGGCCGAGCAAGCUGCUGAUCAACAAGUUGAUGUUUAAACGAAAUACCAAGACAA